CACCAUCACCGCCAUAAGCGAGGUUUAACGUAUAAAUCGAAACUUAACCUUAGGCUUUUGUCAAAUAUUCAAUUUCACGGAGUCAGACAUGGAGAACGGAGAUAUUCCCGAGAACGCCAAUGAACAUUGCCCAGGUCCUCAAUCGGAAAGUGCUGGAAAGUCAGAUUCUUGUGCAGGUUGCCCUAAUCAGGAAGCAUGCGCAACUGCUCCCAAAGGACCUGACCCAGAUUUGGUUGCCAUAGCAGAGAGAAUGAGCACUGUUAAGCACAAGAUUCUUGUCUUGUCUGGUAAAGGUGGGGUUGGUAAGAGCACUUUCUCUGCUCAGCUCUCGUUUGCCCUCGCGGGAAUGGACCAUCAAGUAGGCCUUAUGGACAUUGAUAUAUGCGGCCCAAGCAUGCCUAAAAUGCUAGGCCUUGAAGGUCACGAGAUUCACCAGAGCAACCUCGGAUGGUCCCCUGUCUAUGUGGAAGAGAACCUUGGUGUCAUGUCCAUUGGUUUCAUGCUCCCAAACUCUGACGAAGCUGUGGUCUGGAGAGGUCCCCGCAAGAACGCUCUCAUCAAACAGUUCUUGAAAGACGUCUACUGGAGAGACAUCGACUACCUCGUGGUUGAUGCCCCACCGGGAACUUCGGACGAGCACAUCUCCAUCGUCCAGUACCUUCAAGCCACUGGGAUCGACGGUGCGAUCAUCGUCACGACCCCACAGGAAGUCUCGUUGAUCGAUGUCAGGAAAGAGGUGAGCUUUUGCAAGAAAGUGGGAGUCCCGGUGUUAGGAGUGGUGGAGAACAUGAGCGGUUUGUCUCAGCCGUUGGCGGAUGUCAAAUUUAUGGAGAUUGGCUCUUCCAUUGACGUGACUCAAGACGUAAUCUCUUGCUUGAGGGAGAAUGCGCCAGAGCUUCUCAACGUCUUGGCUUGCAGCGAAGUGUUUGACAGCAGUGGAGGAGGUGCAGAGAGGAUGUGCAGGGAAAUGGGAGUGCCGUUUCUUGGGAAAGUUCCAUUGGAUCCACAGCUUUGCAAAGCAGCAGAACAAGGUAAGUCGUGCUUUGAGGGUAACAACAAGUGUUCUGUUAGCGCACCUGCGCUGAAGAGCAUCAUACAGAAAGUCCUUGCUUCGAUGACCGAGUGAAGUUUAAGACUCCCACUAAACAGAUCCUUUGGUUGGAUCUGUAGAAAGACGAAUGGACUUUGCUAUGAAGGUGUUGUGUGUAGGCUUUUGUUGUAGGCUUCACAUGUGUAAUAAGAUUUAUAUUAUGAGAUUGGACCAUUAAAUCUUGUCGACUUUAAUAUUUACUCUCGUUGAAUUUCUUUAGAGUAUUUGGCUA